GGAGGGUAAGCGCGUCCAAGUGACGCGCGCGCGCCGAUGCGUGUUCGGACACGACGGGUAUGAGUCUCGCGACGCCACCCACUUCAACUGCGCGCGUGGCGGCUGUAGUGCUCCCGGGGAAUCUCUUCAGCGCCUCCCGGUAUUCUGGAAAAACCCGAAACAAUAAAAUAACAACAACAACAACAACAACAACAACAUGUCGUUAAACGGGAAAACCGCCGUGGUGACCGGAGCGGCGCUGGGCAUCGGGAGAGCCAUCACGGAGCUGCUGUUGCAACAAGGCGCCAAGGUGGCCCUCCUGGAUGUGAAUAAAACCGCGAGCGAGAGUUUGAUGGAAGUCCUGCACAAACAAUAUGGACGAGAGAGAACUUUGUUCCUAAACUGUGACGUUGAAUCAGAGGAGCAGAUCAAAGCCGCCUUCCAGAAAGCCGCGGAGACCUUCGGGGGAAUCGACAUCGUGUGCAACAACGCCGGCGUCCUGAACGAGGACACGUGGGAGAAAACCGUGUCCGUCAACCUGAUGGGAGUCAUCAGGGGGAGUUACACGGCGCUGGAGCACAUGAGCAAGUUGAGCGGAGGUCGCGGAGGGGUCAUCAUCAAUACGGCAUCCUUGGCAGGUCUCGGCCCCCUACCGAGCUGCCCGGUCUACACGGCCACGAAGCACGCCGUGGUCGGCUUCACUCGGGCCAUGGCGGCCGCGUCCACGGCGUCAGGUUACGGUGUUCGGUUCAACACCCUCUGCCCCGGCUUCGUCCGAACGGACCUCUUCUCCUCCAUUAUUUCCAACUCGGGCCGGUUCUCCCACCUGACCGACGCCACGCAGCAGCUGGUCGAGCAUUUCGGAAUCGUGGACCUGGCUGACGUAGCGGCGGCCGUUCUGGAGAUGGUGACGGAUGAGACGAAGAACGGAGAGGCCUUCCUGGUUUCCGCGAAGAGAAAGGAAUACGUGCGUUUUGCCUCGUUCGUCUAGAAGAAGCUUCACCGGAUCGAAGCAAUGAAGUUCGGUUCUUUUGAAGUUAAGCAGACGACGACGAUUACAUCAUUUUGUUAGUUUAAUUAACGCUGAAUUGUGACGACGACUGCGUUUAAAUGUGCACAAGUUCGACUGAAAGAUAUACAGAAUAUAUUUGCACGUAAUGACCACUAGGGGGGGGUCACUGUUGAGCCUUCGUAAAAUGAUCAGUUCCUUCAAAAUAAAAUGUUAUUUUGCUUCAAAGUCAAACAUCACAUCAUGCAAUUGUAUUUUUUAAUAAAUACGUUAAUUCAUA